CUCCCCCUUCAUUCCCCGACCAGCAACAAGCAAGCGAGCAUCGUCUCUUCUCUCUCUCCCUCCGUCGCCACGAUGAGCGGCGGCAUGGACUCGUCGUCCUCGGGCUCCGGGAGCUCUGGUGGUGCGGGGGUGGCGCCGUUCGUGGCCAAGACGUACGGGAUGGUGGACGACCGGGCCACCGACGCCGUGGUCGCGUGGGGGCCCGCCGGCAACAGCUUCGUCGUCGCCGACCCCUUCGCCUUCUCGCAGGCGCUCCUCCCGGCGCACUUCAAGCACGCCAACUUCUCCAGCUUCGUCCGGCAGCUCAACACCUACGGCUUCCGCAAGGUGGACCCGGACCGGUGGGAGUUCGCGCACGCCUCCUUCCUCCGCGGCCAGACGCACCUCCUCCCCCGCAUCGUCCGCCGCCAGAGCAGCGCCAAGCGCGGCGGCAAGGAGGGCGGCGAGGAGGAGGAUGAGGAGAGCAGCAGCACGGUGUUGGCCAUGGAGGUGGUCCGGCUGAGGCAGGAGCAGAGGGCCACGGAGGAGCGCGUGGCGGAGAUGUGGCGCCGGGUGCAGGAGACGGAGCGCCGGCCCAAGCAGAUGCUCGCCUUCCUCCUCAAGGUGGUGGGCGACCCCGACGUGCUGCGCCGCCUCGCGGGCAGCUCGGGGGGCGGCCAGGACGAGGGCGCGGAGGAGGUCAAGAGGCCGCGGCUGCUGCUCGACGCGGACGGCGCGGGGGUCGACGCAGGGGGGCUGUUGUACCACCACCACCACAGCGGCAACCUGAACCUGGAGGAGGCCCUGGUGCCGGAGCCCAGCGUGGACAUGUACUACGCCGGAGGGGACGGUUUUCACAUGGACAGCGGCUACUGACCGGCUGCUGGUUGGGCGGCCGAUCAACCCCCUCCCCACUGUCCCCGACUGCUCUGCUCUGUACUGUAUCUGUAUGUAUGUAGAGAAAGGAGGCUAGAUAGGGGUUAGGCUCUGACUUGUGGCUGUAGAGGAGAUCGAAUCUCAAUCUGCGAGACAUAUUUUUGUUUACUGUGUGUAUUUUAGCUCAGCAACUUUGAUCAGGUGAGAUGUGUAAAACCUGUGUUUGUGUUGCGAGGCCAGGAAUGCG